GCUUAUACCAUUAAUUUUUUUCGUGUUCUGAAUGUCGUUGUCUCCUUCAACACCUGCUUCUUUGCGAGUACAUGGUUCUCUACUCUGAUCUUCGUUCAGGAGAAACGAUCUCAAAAACAGUGAUCUCUUUGUCUGAGUCACGGAAAGAUUUAGUAUGUAACUUCCGUUCCCGUUCGUCCUACUUGGGUGUUAUUCAGAUGUGUCAGAAUGCUCAUACGGCUCCUGAGAUGGAUCAGUGCAAAGAAGAUCAUAUACUCCACCAAAAAAUUUGGAUGUUUUGUAGAGUUCUUCCUGUUGGUCUUUGAAUUGUACAGCUAAAGCAACACAUUUUCCCUCACCCCCUGUGAAGGCUAAGCAAGAUCGAUUAUCCUUGAUCAUUUGUUUUUUAUCUACAGCGACAGAUUUCGUCUCGUUUUCAUUAAUCAAUACAUAGGGUUGUUGUAUUAGGUUUCUGUAUUUGAUUCUUUUUCUUGGUAUUCAGCUUUGUUCAGAUUACCAAGCAAUCGCUUUUAUUAUCGCCACUUAAUUUGUUAGUCGACUACAUUCUCUAGUGCGUACGCAAAAAUGAAGGAGAUUAGCUUAGUGAAAACGAGCGCCGGCGACGAGUGGGCCACCUCUUCGAAUGUCGACUGCUCGGAAAUUAGAGCCCUGUGGGCCGCAGCGCGCCCAAAGCUGUUUGAUGGCGACCAACCUGGUAUUACCUGUGCAGACAUUAAACGGGUUGCAGAGUUGUGCGAACGUGCCACUGUUCGUCUGUCUGCCAUGUAUGUUGCCUCGACAGCCGAAACAGAGGAGGCAGCGCUCGAGAAGCCCUUAUGCGAGAUCCGUCGAGCAUAUUCCGCGUUUCUCGGCUCUUUAAUGGCGCAAGGCCUGGGACGGAAGGCUGGCGCAUCAUUGCGAAGAGCAAUCCUGGACUUCGGAGACGAAGCGACGAAGUGCUGGUUGGAAGUAGAGAGGAUUUGCGACGUAUUCGGCGAGCAUGCGUGCCGAGAUGAAGUAGAACUUUUUGGGAUUCGGUCUUUGAACUUUUUGUAACAAGUAUGCCACUGUACCAUUAAUUGAAGGUGAUCCAGUUCUGUCUCUAAAAAUUUGUUUUUGUACUAGUCCCGAAAAUCCUCGUUCUCAAAUACCUUUAUCUUCAUCAACUACUUAAGUACCUGAAAUUUCUUAUUUGACUUCAUGUUGCAACUUUCAGGCGGCUCGCGCAGCUGGUAAAUUGAUGGUUACCUUGAGUCGAUGGGAAUCAGUCCCUCGAACGAAUCAAGCGGCACGCAAGCGCAGACUAGCAAAGCAAGUCAAGCAGAUGCGUGAUUGCGCACGAGAGGUGCUUCAGCUAAAAAAGACAGACGACGAGGAUGAUGCUAAGGACCAGGAUGAAGCGGACCGCAUCAUCGCUAGCGUCGUUAAUAAGGCUAGUGGUGGAAGCGAAGAGCCAGCGACAGAACAGAAGCAGCCACAGCAAGGUGCAUCUCGGAACGUAGACGACUUGGCUGAGGCGGUCCGAAAGUUGAAUAUCGCAGACGAUGACGACGACGACCAAGAGGAUGGAGAUUUAAAUAACAAGAAUGGAGACAAAGGUAACGCUAUCGCACGCAAGCGCGCCUUGCUCGCCCGUUGUCUGCAGAGCAUGGAGCACUUCUGGAUCCAUCUUGUGCGGCAUGAGAUGAAACCGACAUCUUCAGUAUCUACGGACGAGUCCCAAGAUGCAUUCGAGAGCUUCGUUGCUCGUGGGGACAAGUGUGUAGGGAAGUUAGAUGAGCUUUGUUGCCUGCUCGAGUGCGCGGAAAAUGGCUUUGAUGAUGACUUCGAUGACGAGGAUGACUUCGAGGAUGACGACGCUGCUUCGUUAGAUGAGGAGGAGUGGGCGGAGGUUGUGUCAGACCUCAGUAAGCUCUUGCGGUUUGAUGGCAGUUGUGUCGACACUGCGCUGUUGGCAGGAGCUGUUAGGCACUUGGAAGCUUCAGUAAUAGGUGUGGAGAACUAAUGGAUGACCAGUUUUUUGGAAUUAUUUGAAGAAAUGACGCAACUUAUCGUGAUCAUGCCCCUUUAUUUCAAAAGCAAUAUCUUACUGUCAGUGUCACUACUCAGUUCUUUAACUGCGUGGUGUGGGAG